CUCUCUGGAAAUCCCCUCUAACUUUGGUACAGUCUAGAGUUCAGCUGACGCAGAUAAGUAACGGAGGAAACAACACUGGACGGAACACCAAGCAGCUGAACCAGUUCUAUUAAGACAAGAUGAAAAAGUUAUUUUUGAUGCUUUUUCUCUGUCACUUUACAUCAGCAGUGAAACACACCCUGAGGUAUGCCGUUACUACAUUUUCUAGAGAGCAAGACUUCAUGUUUGUCGGUAUUGCAGUGGUUGAUGGCAUUGUGGCGGUUAACUGUGACAGCAUCAAACAGAAAGUGGAACCAAAACAGGACUGGAUGAGAAAACUCAUUGAAGAUGAUCCUCAGCACUUGGAGUGGCACACCCAUGAGUGUUAUUACCCCAACUUCUUCAAAACCACGAUACAUGAUUUGAAACAGCGCUUCAACCAAAGUGGAGGUGUCCACAUUCUCCAGACGAAUAUUGGUUGUGAAUGGGAUGACAAGACUGGAGAGGUUACUGGUUUUAAUCAGUUUGGUUAUGAUGGAGAAGACUUAAUAUCAUUCGACCUGAAGACACUGACAUGGGUCGCUCCAAAAUCACAGGCUUACCACAUCAAAAUGAGAUGGGACGCUGACAAAACUAUGAUUCAAAGCACUGAAGACUAUCUCAUGAAGACGUUCCCUGAGUGGCUGAAGAAGUAUGUGGCCUACAUGAACAGCUCUCUGCUGAGAACAGAGCCCUCAGUGUUUCUCCUCCAGAAGACGCCCUCCUCUCCAGUCAGCUGCCACGCUACAGGUUUCUUCCCUGACAGAGCCAUGAUGUUCUGGAGGAAAGAUGGAGAGGAGAUUCAUGAAGAUGUGGAACCUGGAGAGAUUCUCCCCAACCAUGAUGGUACCUUCCAGAUGAGUGUUGACCUGGACCUUUCAUCAGUCACACGUGAAGACUGGUGGAGGUACGACUGUGUGUUUCAUCUCUCUGGUGUUAAGGACAACAUUGUUACCAGACUGGAUGAAGCAGUGAUCAGGACCAACAGGGAGAGGCCCAGUAACAUGACCGUCCUCAUCGUUGCUGCAAUGGUUGCUCUUGCUCUCUUCCUUGUCGCUGCCUUUGGAUUCAUGGCUUACAAAAAGAAGAAAGCCAAAGGCCCUCCAUCUCCUCCUGACAACGGCCCUGAGGUCUCUGAGAAACUGAAUCCAGCCAACUGAUUGACAAACACACUCACUGAGUUUCCUCAUAUGGGAUGAAGAAAGUAAACUCUUUGACAUGUGCCAUGUUAAAUAACAUUACAUAACAUAAGUGAAGUAUUAGUCAUGAUUUAUGUGCUUGAUAUGUAAGUGUUAGUUUUUUUGGCAGAUGCAUUAAGCACCCAGGUGUCCAUAGCCAACAACCUUUAUGCACCCAGGGUUGAAAGGCUAUUGUGGCUGUUUACAUUACAGUGUUCUGGGCAUUCGAGCAACAUUGAAAUAUGACAUUAACAUGAAUGGGUCUAAUCAGCUUUUCUGGUAAGAUUUAUGUUGGCUGCCCCCUUAAAGUCAGAGAAUCAAACUAUUAGUCGGAGACUCCUCAAUCGACUGAGAUUCUUCAAGUGGAGCAGUAGUUUUUCUCUCUUUUUUUGGUUUGUUUUUUUUGGUUGUUUGCAGUGUUACUCAGGGAUGUUUUGGUCCCCAGAUGUGGCGGCAGAGUGAGCGCUCCUUGCUUUUACACUGCUCUACGGUACACGCAUUUGCGAAUCCUACCAUAGAGAAGCAAUGACCUUACUCUGCCUAUGACUGGCUUACCCUGACAAUCUUACCCUAACCUUAACCAAUCCCACUCCUCUUGCCUAAGGCAAGGGUCAUUCCUUCACCAUCCUAGGAUUCACAAAUCUGCCUCCGAUACAGGCAGCUGUGGACCCACACCCAGGGUGAGUCUGAGUGAGGUGGAGGCAGCUGCCCUGAGGAAAAGAGCCUUUGCCUGGUCAGGAGAUAAUGUUAUCUUCUGCCUUCUGCUUAGAACUGGUAAAUUUACAGCUCACAGCAUCUUAAUACGAUACAAUCUCUGGCUUUUGUUUGAUAUCUAGUGUCAGCAAAAAAAAUAUUGUUGCACAUUUCCGAUUCAUUAGCUUGCAGGACUAACUUGGCUUGUUUACUAUAUUACGUGAGCGUAGAUGUCACCCUAAAUGCCCACCAGACAGUGUUCAAUCUCUCAAACUUUACAUGAAAAAACAGCAACAAAAAGUUGAACAUUCAUGUUGAAAGGCCAAAUCUGACUUAAAUGACAUAAUUCUGAGUUGGAUACAGUCCUAAGGCACAAACAGAAUGCCAAGACUGACUGACAUAGGACUCAAACCCCAGUCUCCUGUGUGGAAGUCCUGUGUUUGACUCGUUCAUCCACCACAUAUCACUCCCACCAUGGACUGUGUUGCUCUUUAUACUAGAUCACCUGACUUUGUGGCAGUGCCUUUAUGAGGUUUUAUAAUUUGCCACCUUCAUCUCCAAGAGAUAUAUACAAGAUUGGCUAGUAUUAGCUCUAAGUACGACCUCUUUGCCCUUACCCUAACUGUUUCCGACCUCGAUGCACCAACGUGAUGAGUACUAUCCAGUCACGAUCCACAAUAACGGUUGUAGGGAUGGGAGUAAAUAGCUGAAUAGCUGCUGUGUGAUUAAUUUCAACCGGGUGCUAAUGGACUCUUUGUCACAUUACAAAUUAGUAUUUGAUUUUUAAAAUCAGUUUUAAUAACGGUUUGGUUCUUUAUUGCAAUAAUGUGUUUCCUAUAAAUAUUCCAAGAAAAUUAA